GUGUUUUCACAUAUGUCAAAAUAAUAUCUUGACGUAAAGAAAAUUAUUUUUAUUAGCCUUUUUACGCUAAAACUUUUAUAAAGCCUUUUAUACAAUUAUUUUAAGUUUUUUGUAUUUGUACUGGUCUCUUGUCCCUGUGCUGAGCGACAAACACAAGUUAGAAAAAUGCUGACCGCACAUGAUAUUUUUAUGCUCCAGUUCAUGAACAAUUCCGAGCGCAAGAGUGUCUACAUGCAAAUUAAGGAUUUGGUGAAGAAUGCACAAAAUACUGCAAAGAAGGAACUGGAGCAACGGCGCAAGCGUCUGCACUUGCAGCUGGAGCACGAGGAUCAUGUUUAUCAGAAAGAGUUUGCCAUUAAGGUAAAGUCGCGCAUUGACGAAGAUAUUAAAAAGCGCAAGGAUAUUUUGCUGAAAAUCAAAGAAGAGCGUGAUCGACAGGAUCAAGAGUUCUUAGAACAUAUGCGGAUACAGCGUCAUCUGGAGGACUGUUUUGAGAUACGUGAUGCAUUGAAUCGCAAAGAGACGAUGCAAGUUAAGGAGACACAACUUGAGCAAAUAACAGAGAAGCAACGCGCCUACGUGCGUGACCAUCAGAAUGAUCAGUACUGGCACAAAGUAUUCAUCGCCAAGAAGCAGCAUCAGGAUAAACUGCUCCAAAGUGAAAAAAACUUGAUAAAAUGCAUGCAACGCCACACGAGUAACAUGUUAGACAAACAGGUCGCCGAACACAAAAGGCUGCGGGAGGAAGAAUUGGAGCAAAAACGUCUAGAAGCCGAACGGCUCAGCAAAGUUUUGGAAGAAAUACGUUUGGAAAAACUCAAACUGCCGCGCACUUCGCCGCAGACGCUCGCUUAUCGUCAAGACUUACUGGAUAUGAUCGCCGCGAAAACAGCCGAACGCAAAGCCGAAGAGCGCGAGCGUAUGGCCGAACAUCGUGCGCUCAUGCGAGAGAUAGCUUGCGAAGAGCAGCAAAACAGCGACGCACUCGUGCAGCGAAAGCGCGCCGUCUACAAAGCAACAAUGGAUUUUAUCGACUAUGCGCGACGCAUGCACAAAUUGGAAGAGGAAACCGCAGCUGCGCGCACUGCACGUAUCGACAAUUUGAAACACGUUGACGAGUGUGUCAAAUUGAGAGCAGAACUCGCAGGCAAAGCGGAUCUGGCAGCGCUCUACUAUACAGAGUUGCGUCGUCAGAGGUGCGAAGAGUACGAGCGGCGAUUGCGCGAGGCGCAGGAACUACGUGAAAAUAAAAUCAUUGAGAAUCGCUUUGUGCGUUCGCAAAAGACAAGAGCAGAAAUAAUGGCGGAACAGCGCAAAAUGCGCGAAGAGCUGGAACAUCAGUUGGCCGAAAAUGUCCGGAUACAAGCUGAAGAGGAGGCGAAAUAUAAUAAACAUUUGCGAUUGGUAUCGGAAAAUAGGGAUUUUUGCAUGGAGUUGGCGGAGCAGUACAUCAACGAGAAAAAGGACUAUCUUCCGGUACAUCCCAAUUGGGUUAUUUAUACGUGCCCUCGGAAGGAGUAUGUUGCUAAGUGUACUAAUAAAGCGGACGUUUUGGACCAAGUGAAUACAUGCUUGAGGCCGUGUACCUGUGGGGUGCGCACUCAUAACGACUGCGUGCAGCACAGCUUCUUAUCGCAACUGAAGCGUGGACCAAACGCCGAUAAAAUGUUGUGGUAUAAAACUGAUUGUUGGGCGCAGGGGUGAGAGAUCGUGUUUUUGUGAAAUUUUUUACAUGGAAAACUAUGAGGCCAAAUAAAAAGCGGAAAAUUUUGAA